AUGAAAAAAUGGAAAGGGAAAAGAAGAUGGCACAUAAAUAUAAUUCUUAUGUUCAUCCAUCAUUUCUUUGAUAGGAUAAACUACUCCAUGAGAAAUACGUUUCUCCAUGACCACUACAUUUAUAUGAAGUUUAGAAAAAACAAAGUUAUCGGUUUGUUGUCCAUUAUUAAUUCUUCAGUAUGUUUAGUAAUAACCCCCUUGGUGGGGUACUACUGUGACAAGCAUAAGAAGGACAGGAAGAAAAUGUUGCAAGCCAUAUCUGUCUCCUACCUCCUGGUCAAUAUCAUCCACUACAUGUUCAUACGCACGAGCAGUCUGGGCCUCAUCAUAUUCGUCACUGCUAUAACGAAGAUGCUGCACGAGUGUUCGCACGUGAUUACCGAGUCGAUCUUCAUAGAGAGCAUAGACCGGGGCAAGAAGAGCAUCAUCUUUACAUACCAGAAACUCAUAAGCACAGUAGCCACCAUGCUAGGGCCUUUUUUUUGUCUCAUCCUAUUCUACGUGUAUAAUGAUAAGUGGAACAUAAAAAAUAUUUUUGUCAUAUUCCAGUUUUCUAUAUUAACAAUUCUCCCACAGACAUUCAUAAGUUUCUUGUGGCAAAACAAUUCUGUCGACAUGGUUAAAAAUCCUGAGGAGAUGGAACUGAUAUCAAAAAAAAACGAUAAGAAAACGAUUUUCUGUCUCUCCACAAAUCAUAUACCUUACAUUGUUUUCGUUUCUCACAUUAUUACCCUAGCUGGGGCAGGAAUGACGUUCAAAUACUUUUCCCUGUUUCUCAAGUCCGAAUAUAAAGUGUCACCCAUGCUGAUGUGUGUCCUCAACAUUGUUAUUCCAGUUCUCCUCUCCUUUUUCACCUACAUUUCGCAAAAGCUGUCCAAGUCGCUCGGCCGGGCACAGGUUUCUCUCUUCUUCACCACCAUUGGCUUUUUGCUUCUCUGUUCACUUCUAUACAUACACAAUUACCAGGAUGUUUUGAAGGUUCACGUUUUUAGGAGUGUCUUUCAAAAUUGCACCAACUCGAUAGAUAAAAGUAUUCUCUAUGACUUCAUCGACACGAACCGAUACACAGGUCGCUGGAUGGGUGUGCAAAGCUUGUACUACGCCGUGUGGUCCAUCAGCGCGUACUUUGGCGGAUGGCUCUCCGACAUGUCGUCAUACAGGAACACGUUUAAAAUAACAACCUUUUUUUAUUUGAUAUCUUUGAUAAUAUAUGCCCCCCUGUUGUGGCUCGUGCCGGUCAAAGAAACCAUGUGA